AUGAUAAAGUUUAAGUCUGGAAAAUGCAUGCUCACGUGUGUUGGUUCUGCGAUACUCUUGCUUACGGCCAUUCAUCCUUGGAUCCAAGAUCAUGAAGAUGUUGAGUGGACGGCGUCUUCUUUUUCUACUAAUUCUCCUUCAAAUAUCUCAGAUGCAGGUAAACCAGUUGAUAAAAACGAAUAAACACUGCACGAAAAAUUGGAUUUACACAAAUCUACUCCGUGCAAAUAUAUGUUGCAAGAAAGUGCAAGCAAGGGGGAAAUUAAAAGCAAAGAUACAUGGUAAAUACCGCAUUUGCUUGCCAGUUUUCAUGGGGUUGUACCCUGGUAUCAGAGGUUUUUCUUGAUUUUUCUUGGCGAAAGAGAUCAAGAGCAAGCCGCGAAGCGGCUACAACGAGUCUCGAAAGCCAUGAGGAGAGAGAGAAAAACCUCUGGUUACCUUGGCCUCGAAUCUCACUUUCAUGCAGACGACAGCUGUCAAACGCGUCAAAUUGCUAAUAAAAAGAGUGAACAACGGCAAUUUAGCAAACAUGUGCUUACCAGCCGCUAUUUUUUUAACUGGGGGUAGACCUGGGGAAAUUAUGUUAUGAACAAACCAUCUCCACUUGGGUAGUAAAGAGUGAUUUGUUAAUCGGGGUCAAGCUAAAGCAUGUGUUAACGCUGGGCAACAAGAGUCCAGGAAUAAGAACACCACUUUAUAAAGAAACCAACAUUGUUCCAAACGUCUGCUGCAGGAUUUGCAGAAUUUAAGUAAAAAUAAGUGGCCGAUCUAAAAUCAACGUUUUUGGGUAUAAUAACAAGGACUUUUCACAAACAUUGUCAUCUGUUCUGUCGGCUGUGUACAUGACUCAACGGUAUUAUCUGUCAGAAGUGCCAGCGGGAAGUUGUAAAGUUUGCAAGAGUCUAUCAAUCGCGCUUAUUAUAUUGUUUACUUCUGUGGGGCGCGCCGUUCGCGUCGAUUCGAAACAUGUAUUGUAACAGAAAAUGUUAAAUACAUCGAGACACGAGAUUCUGGUCUUCAACGUCUGGACUGCUCAAACUGGUUGCUGAGACGCCACGGUGUCGUAGUUCGCGGAUAGGCGAGUCCAAAAGAGACACUUGAGAGGACAGACAACCAAAAUUAUUGCAUGGCGAGGGUAUGGGUAGCCUCUUAGGGAAAGGUACUUGCAAACAUCAGGUAACGACUGAAAUAUUAUAUACUUUCCAUUUCCGGUUGAUAAAAUGGUGAACACAUCCUUUCGACUCAACGCGGUGAACAAAGCUUUCUUAUGUUGCUCAGUGAGACUCAGGAAAGCACUCAUCAAGUACCACGGUCAAAAUUUCUUCGAAUAUUCUUUCAGGAACAACAUCCAUGUCAAAAUCUCGAAAUAUGGCGUGCCUUUACGUGUCUUGGUCCCGUGCAAAUGUUAUUGCGAGUGCAGCAUACAAACAAUUUUCUUCCCUUGUAGAGAGAGGCAAAAUGAGGUGUGAAAAUCGUCAGCGUCCCCUCGGUAGUUACAAUUAAACGAGCCAAUCAAAUUGGUUUGCGUGUUUAAAAAAAUAUCAACCAAUCAACGCCCGAGGGUCAGAUCCUGAACCUGUCGUCUGCAUGAAAGUGAGAUUCGAGGCCAAGGUAACCAGAGGUUUUUUUCUCUCUCCUCAUCGCUUUCGCGACUCGUUGUCGCCGCUUCGCAGCUUGCUCUUGAUCUCUUUCGCUAAGAAAAAUCAAGAAAAACCUCUGGGACCAGGGUAAUGGGGUUGUAAAUUUUAGGGCAAAUGCAGUAUUUACAAUCUUUGCUCUUUAUUUAACAUUACUUUGCAGUUUUUUGCACCAAAUUUGGUGUAAAUCCAAUUUUUCGUGCAGUGAAAACGACACAAAACAAACUGCAAACGCAGUAUUUACGAAGGAUCGGGGUUUAAAAAUUUCAUCGGAUUGUAAUUAAUUGUCACUAAUUACUGACAAUUAUUAUUAUUCGUUCAAAAUAUUUCCCCAAUUCUGAUGGGCUAAAAGCAAACGCAUAAAUCACCAUAACCAGUUACUGAUGACCAAAUUUGAAAGAAUUUUGUGUUUAACGAGGAAAUGACGUCAAAAAUGCAGCCCACUACAGGUUAAGGCACCGUUACCGAGAAGACCUGGGGACGAGGUUGAGUUGUUUUGGUUGUGAAAAAAGAAUGGCGGACAUCGAAGGCCUUAGUGGAUAACACCCUCCUCGAUCUGCUUAAUUCUUCAUAUCCUAUUCAGCCUCAUUCAUUAAUUGCCAAUUUAUUUAUUUGUUUAUACCACUCAAAAUUUCUAUUAUUCUUCCAAACAUCACAUGUAACCUUUCGGUCUGCUCAGUAACAUGGAACCAUAACUGCAUUCCUGGAAGCCUUCCAGAUAAUGAACUCAACCUUUAUGAGCUCUACGAAGGAGUGGAAACCUUCCUUAUGUUCAUUGGAUAUCCGAGAAGUUCGCACAGCCUUAUGGGAGCAAUCUUAGACGCUCAUCCACACAUAGUAAUUCCACAUGAAUAUCACAUAGUUAAUCGAUGGAGUAUUUACCAGGACGAAGCACUUAUAAAUACUGGCAUGCAAAAAUACCUUCUCUUCUAUAAUCUUCACUCACUUUCAACUUGGCAAGCCGUUUUUGGCAAUCGAGCAAAGAAACCUGUUUUCCUUGACGAUGGAAUCUAUUCUUACAAUGUACCAGGUGCAUGGCAGGGAACUUUCAGCGGCAAAAUUAAGGUAAGCACAAAUGCUUUUUUUUUAACCGUUUUUUUUUUUCCAGUUUUUGAUAAAAAGUCUUGUUUUCAUAAGUUACGAAACAUCAUUAACUAGAGGUAUUUUCAAGACAUACAAAAAAAAACCCGCGUGUAAGAGCCAAGUGGUUUAAGAACCAUCUGGCGAAAAAUUGAUUCCAAAAAAUAUAAGAACCUGUUAAGCCAAGCAAGAUGAACAGAUUCUUAUGAGUGGAUUAUUUAUUUAUUUUAUUUUAUUUCGUUUUGUAUUAUAAAGCUCUUGCUGUAGAGAUAACGCCUCAAAUAGAUUCUGUUAUCAGUUUAGUUGGCUUAUUACAAUGCAGCUGAUGAAUAAUGAAUACGCUAUGUUUAAUUACCAAACCCAAAUUUCAAAAUUAAUUCUAAAAGAAAUUAAUUCUACUUUAAAGUCUUAAUUGCCAAUAACUACACCAAAAUACAAGAACCUCUAUUUUUGUGCAGUCUUCAAAAAAUGAAGGUUUGUACACUUGGAUUUGGCUGAAAUGUACAAUUAAUGAAAUAGUUUUAUUACUUUAGGUUAUCGGUGACAAAAAAGGAGGUGGAACUACCAUGGAACUAUUUGAAAAACCACUCAAGUUUGAUAUUCUAAAAGAAAUCAACAAAUCCGUUGGGGUUCCCAUGAAGUUCAUUCACGUUAUAAGAAAUCCUUUUGAUGUUAUCUCGACUUGGGUUCUGAGACUUUUUAAUUCAAGACUUCGAGUCAACGAUGGAAUAACAAAGGUAAAAGAGAAACGUUUGAUAGCAAUCAAGAGAGGAUAGAACAUAAGCUAGAGGAUUUCAUAUAAUAUAGGCCUUAGCUUAUAACUCUACAGAUAAAUCACUCAUGGAUUAUUUGAGAUCAUGUAAGAUUCACGUGUUAAAACCUGAAAGCAGCUGGACGUAGAGUAAUUAAUAUAUUACUGUCUAUUCAGGAAGAAGGUACCUUCCUUACAUAAUUCCAGCCGAUUGUAGCUUCUGAACUGGCUGCACACCAUUCAGCAAGCAUCAAGGUCAUUGUUAGUUUGUUGGUCUCCUUUUCCUUCUACAACGGAGGCCAAAAAUCCUGCAAAAAUCCAUCUGCAUUUAUUGAAAACCUUCCUUUAAAAAGCGGUAAAAGAUCAAAUAUGCAAAGAACGUAACAUAAUAUCCACCUUUGCAAUAGUUCGGAUGCCUCUAACGGCCCUCCCCUCCUCCUCCAAGCUAUAUUGGGAUAGACAAACACUUUUCAGGACUGGGUAAAGUGGACAGAGUGAGCAAAAUCCAACAUUGCUUGGGGGUGAGAAACGAAGGGAGACAGUUUAAGUCGUAUCGUGUUAAGUGCCCCCAAGACUUUUGACCUCCAUGACAGCAGAGGUCUCUGACAGGCCCCGUUUGGAUAGCGCUCAGUAUCAAUCGGAUAAUUAUUAGGGAAACGCGCUAUCUGCUGUAUAGGAAUUUACCCGGUGAAUAUAAUAGUGGUUUCCUCCUUUGAAAAACUGGGGCCAGAUCUCUUUCCUUCCUUUCGGUCGUAAUUGACCUUUGCUAGCCCUGAGGGGAAAUCCUCCUUCUUAUCAACUUUUUAUUUUGGGAACUUGAGCUAUUUUCUCUUUUUUUAUGAAUUAGAUCAACAAACCUCAGGCUCUGGAGAAUUUCAUUACCUCAUACUUCCAGUUAACUGACACCAAUGCGAGAAUCAAGCAACUUUACGGAAAUGCUGUUUUAGAUGUCGUGAGCGACGAACUGUUGUUUAAGCCAAGGGAAACCUUGCAAACGAUAUGCGGUUUCCUUAGCGUUUCGUGUGAAGAACACUACCUUUCUCGAGUGGAAAGGAUACUCUAUAAGAAGCCUUCUGAUACAAGAAACACAGUUGUAUGGACUAAGGAGCAGAAAGACAGAGUUCAGACGGAAAUGCAGAAAUAUUCUUUUUUGCGUCAAUUUACCUUUCACUGAAAUAUUAUUAGACUGUUUACUUCGUUGUCAUUAGCCAGUGAAAGAAUGCCUGAUUGGCAGUGAACAACCCGGAAGCAUUAGCUAAUUUGGUCACUGCACACAUCUUAAUUCCUUAAUUUCUUGUUAUCUUUAUUUCUGAUAUUAUUCCGUAAGGUACUUAUACAAAUUAAAAUACCAAUGUAAUCAAUAUGUAUAUAUAGUGCAAAAACAAUAAAAUCUGAAAUCUGAAAUCCGAGUGGACUGAGUCGGUUAAUUAGUUAAUAAAUGUAAAGAAGAAAAAAAAAGCUUCUUAAAGUAGGUUAUCGGAUUUCGAAAAUCAGGAAUUUUAGCUCGUGGAAUGCGGAAUCCUGCGCUUAGGAAUCCGGAAUUCAGCUCUUUGGAUCCAAAAUCCCGCUGACGAUUGGAAUUCAAAAUUCGAGUUCUACGACAACGAAUCCGGAAUCCGGUACCUGGAGUCCGGAAUUCACAGCGUGCAUAGCUGUUACACUGUUUGGCUAGCAUUACUUGUAAAAUACAUAGCGAUCACUUUCUCGCUCUUGAUUGGUUUUGUUUGUGUUUCAUUCAGUUGACUUGUUGAAGACAGACAGCGGUUUCCUGCUAAUCAAGACACUAAACGCAAUGAACACAUGUAAAGGAUCAUUGCUUUUCUUUCAGGUUCUUUUAUUGCGAUACAACAAAAGCUACAUGGUAUUUACAGUAGUAUGUAUACUUUUAUUCUGUUGCACGACACCCAGCGUCACUCUAUCUUUGAGCGAAGCACGCAGUGUUGUGUCGUAAUCGUGAAGCAAUAACCUAACGAUAACUUUGUUAUUUUCCCGAAUUAGUGCUGUGCGAUGGAAGUAUUAAGAGCGCAAUCAACUACUAUUAUCAUUAUUUCCGAUGAAGAUCUGCACAAUUAAGCAGUUGCGUUAGAAAAUCCUUCUUUCUUACCGCUGCUAAACACAAUUCUACGUUGAAUGCUUCGCUCAGCUUUUACAAUUUUGCGGAUAUUGAUAUAUAAUUCCUAACCAGCCCGUUUUUGAAUAUCACUAUCACACUAUAAAUAUGUACUUACAGUACCUACUUGCUUGCUUUCUUUCUUACAUAAUUGAUUAUUUAGAGGUAUUCAUUUCCUAAAUAAAUUAAUUCUGAAUGAACUAAAUGAUUACACAAUUAUAUAAUAAGUUAAUUAAUUACCUGUUUACGUAAUGCUUGUUAAAGCAUUGGUUAUUUUCCCGAGUACAGACAUUGGAAACUUAAAUUUGUCAACGUCCAAGGCAGAACUAGCAAACACAACGCAGAGUGAAAUAGUCUAAACGCCAUGGCUGAGUUUGAAGAAGAAAUAAAAGCGCAAAUAUAGGGUAGGAAAUUAUGAUGGGUGUAUGUUAGAUGGGGUAGCGCAAGUUUUGCAUAUUGCUAAAGCUGUUCCACUGAUUUCCAUCCUUUUUAUCGCCAUUAUGCUCGCUUUGUUUGGUAUGCUAUGUUUUGUUAUGUUCAGGGUACCUUUAGACCCUUUACCGGGAUCCACCCAGCCCAGAGUAGCUGAGUCUAUCCCAUGAAUUCAUGCAGCAUUUUGAUGGCUAACGGCAAUUCUGCAAAAUGAUGACGGUCGUGAACUCGACAGUCAGUGGUAACCGAAGCUUUUCGUAAGACACUGUCUUUGUGUUUUCAACUUUCCCUUCCUACAUCAUGUGCCCUAAAACCCUAUACUUAGACUAAAUUCAACCCCCGGACGUACUAUGGGGGAGGGGGGGUGGGUUCUGAUUUUUUUUCCUUAGACGAUAAACAUCAGCACCUGAAGAUUUUUGUAAUGGGGGCAUUUUGAGAAACGUUUGGUGAUGGCCAAUUACUAUGGUUAUGACGUCAUAAGCAGCAGGUGGUCAAGCCAUUUUUGAGUGAAAAUGCAUGUUUUUUAAACUUUUUUCAACAAGUAAAACUUCUGGACAAAAUGAUGCAAAGUAAUUGUUUAUGAUAGUGUUAUUUUACAAGUCAAGCGCAAAAAACUAUUAACUCUCACUGUUUUUACCUAAUUUCUAAUUUUUACCAAAAUUCAAGAUGGCGACCAUGUUUGGUGACGUCUCAUACCUCCAGCAGCGCCACCACCCAUAACAUUUACCUCAUCUUGUAGAGAAGAUCAAAGGCUUUCCACUGAAGGCAAAAUCGGAUCGAAUACUGCAACAUAUAAAAAAAACUCAAGAGGGGGUAAAUCAACCUCCCACCCCCCAACCCCCCCCCCCCCUCCCCGUGUACCACGGUGGGAGUAUGACUUUGCGUGUAUGUCCGAGGGUUAAGAAGAAUAAAAUUAUCUGCGAAAAACAUUUCGUCGUUAUAUACGCUGAUUGUUAACUCUAAAACGCAUUUACACUAUAUACAACUUGAUUUGCAAGUUAAGCUUUAUAUACAUUAAUGUAUAAACAUGAAGAUUAUGCAAACUUUACAAUUACAUCAUGGGAAACAAUCUGCAUACAAACUUUGCAGCAGCCAUUGAUGUCCCUUUCUAAACCAUCAAGCACCAAGCUAAUUCUUUGUCUCAAGUGGCAAAUGGAGAAGCCUUGACACAAAAACCUGCAUAUAUCUACACAACAAAAACCGUUUGUGUAACCUUCAAAAUUCGGAAUAAUCAACAGUUCUACUAGUAGUGCUAGUUGUGAUUGCAUUAUUGCAUUGUUACACGAGUUAUUUACACCAAUUUGUACGCAAAGGGAAUUUGCAGACUUAAAAGUUAGUUAAUUUUAAGCUUAAUCUUGUGAGGUGACUACGCAGCGUAGCUCCUUACCAUAUAUAAACUUUUUGUUGCUUUGAAUAUUUUGGUACAAUAUGUUAUUUCAUCAUGAUCAAUAUUGCCAGGUUUCUUUAUCAAACAUGAUAUUUUAACAAUAUUUUCCUUCUAGUUUGUUGGUUAAAAAAUUUUGGUUUAAAAAAUGUCGUCGGUUCUUGCCAUAAGCAAAUAAAUUUUUUUUGUGGUUCUCGGGGCUACUUGCCUGGUAAGUAUCGCUGCGAUAACUGUAAUUUUAACAAACCUUCAAAAGGGGAAACGCAGUCCUGUCGGAAUACUUUUUUCAGUCACUUUAAAUGUAGGUAAUCAUGUUCAAAUUAGCUAUGUACAGCCAUAAACGUAGACAACAUUUUACGGAAUCUUUCAUAUUUGCAAGGAUCAUACGAUUUUUAUAUCGUUGACCUAUACAUCAAUCAAGAAAACUCAAGUACAUGUAAAUUUAGAAAACGUUUAAGGGAAUAUUUGCCGUUAUAAACUACAUUUGCUACUAUAUAUUAUUGAUAUCUUUUCUACUUUCACUCUAAGCAGGGACCUACGAUAAAAUGAUUAUGCGAUGGUUUAGACGUAAAGUACUAUCCUCGUCAGCUCUUCGACCUCAUCAGGGGAAACUAAAGGCUCAGCUAGGCGCCAUUGAGACAUUCAAGGUACAGUUAUGUUCCAUUUUAAACUAUUGCGAUUUGAUUAAGGUUUGGAGCAGGAGAUCUUGCAAAUAGCCUCUUUACAAAGGCGCAAAAGUCUUUCAUUUGAGUGAGAUAAAGUAUGAAGUUGACAGCAGGAUUUGUCAUCGCUAAAGUCGCACCUACAGCUCGAAUAACAUAAUCGGUUUCAUAAUGGAGUUUUGCUUUGGUAACAUUGUUAUAGAUUACCUGACAAACAUAAAACAAGUAAGGAAGGAUAAAUGCAAAUGUAAUUGCAACUAGAAUACUUGUACUGCGAACUGCUGCGGCUCUUACCUUCAAUUUGAUGCCAUUGUCUCGCUGCACGUCAACUGACUUCCUGUAUAUUCGCCUCCAAACAGUUUUUAUAAGCGAGAUGUUUAUUAUGAUCAUAAUGACCAUUGGCAGAAUAAUUUGUAAAAUUACGAAGGUGGAGUAUAUCAGCCGGGACGGUAAGUAAUGGUUAUUGUAUCUACAAAUAACAGUGUAAUGUGUAUCAUUAACACUAUAUCGUACCCCAUCGAAAGUUGCAGCAGGAAAACACACAAUAAGACAUCCUUCUAACCAAGCAAACAGAACCAACUUUUUAACAGUCGAAAGCUUAAGCGUUCGUGGGGCAGAGCGGGUUGACAGAUACUUCUCAAUACUUAUAACUAACAAAUUACUCAUCGUGAUAGUGGGAAACAGGAUUAUAAAGUACAUUGUUGCCUUACAACCCCAACCUGACUGAAUAGAAUGUGAAUCAGAAAGGAGGGAGAUUACUGUAACUGGAACUGAAAUGAGAGAUGAAAGAAUAUCAGAUGUAGCUAGACUCUUAAUGUAAAAAUUAAAAUUCUUCUGGAAAGAAAUCCCUCUUAGAAAAGAGUUGGUUACUUUCUUGGUUUUCAUGAAGUACAGGACGAGCACACUCCCGACAAGUCCAAAUAUUGCCGCAGUUACCAGGAAUACAGAUAUUGUAAUUCUGAUUGAAGACUUGAUUGCGUCGCCACUGGAAAUGAACAUGCUACUGUUAACAACCGUUUCUUUGCCCGCUGUAGUGACUGUGUAAGGUAAUAAUCUGGAUGAAAAAUGGGAUCUGUUCAUCAUGCCCAUUUCAUCAAGAGCCGCCCAAUCUGUAAUUUAAAAAAAAGACAAGCGGAAAUAUUAUUAACAACAAUUUGAGACUGAUUACUUACAAGUGAUCAAAGCUUCAUUGAGAUAUGAUAUUGGAGACCACCCCUCUACUUCUUCUUCUUCUUUACUGGAUCGCUUUAGUUUUCACCCGUGCUUCAUUAUGAACGCUUGUAUCAGACCACCCAUUUCGAGUUCCACAGUCCCCCACUUUCAAAAUGAGGCUCAGAGAGCAAACCUUUACGAUGAAAAUAAUAAUGCCGCAAAUCCUCUGUUAAGCUCCCCCGGCAGCUUAUUCAGUUCAUACAUUUGAGCAAAGACGAUGUUAUCAGUUCUCCAUAAAGAACUAGAAAGCAAGGUGGAAAAGCUCAAGUACAAGAAGUUGGAGGUCAUGCAGCUGAGGAAAAAAAACAAAUCCGAACUUCCAGCUGGUGAAUAAACCAUCCUGGAUCAGUCCACAUGUAGUGUUACAUAUGGGAUUGAUUAAUACAGUAUUAUCAUUCAUUAGUGAAGACUGAUAAGGGAGAGGGAAUGGGGAGCUUAAAAGAGAGGGGUGUCGAGGAAUCGGCUAUCAAACGCGAACACUUUCCUCAGCGCAAACGACUCAAAACACAUGUUCUUGUCUCAUUGUCUACUGUUGAUGUCAAUCAAAAAAAUAAACGGAAGCGGAGGCGCAUUCCCGCGCCUAGAGUCAAGACGAUUUACAGUUUCUAGACCUAGGUCUCCGCUUCCUCUAAGAAACACAGUUUUGUGAUCGGUCUCUUGUACUCCUCGUAUUGAGUACGCACUGUGACUGCUCGGACCAUCCCAUUUUGUCCAGGUUGAGUAGUCACAAUCCUUCCCAAAAGCAAUAUUCCUAGUAGCUGGUUCGGUUCUGCAACAAGCACUACGUCUCCUUCCUUCAGAUUCUUUCUCUUCUCUCUCCAUUUCUUCCUCUGUAUAAGAAUAGGGAUAUACUGCUUGGUAAACCGCUUCCAAAAGAAGUUGACAAGCGCCUGAGACUGUCGCAAUAGUUGCGAUGAGUUGAUCUCUCUCACACUAACAUCAGCUUCUUCAUUACUCGGAUUUGUUCGCACAAGCGGAAAAUGAUUUGGCGUCAGCUCUUCUAUAUCACCCGCAUCGCUUGAGACGUGUGAUGGGACGACUGUCCAGUAUCCCUUCUGCUUCCACCAGAGCAGUUCUAAGCGCUUCUUUAGCAACGAUCCUAUUUUGCAACACAGACUUCAAGGUUUUCCUUUUACACUCCACUAACCUCUCCCACAUGCCACCGAAGUGGGGUGCACUUGGCCGUUGGAAAUUCCACUCAGUCUCCGUUGGUGCACAAAAGUUUUGUACUUUAUCUUCAUUUAAUUGCUUAAGACGUUUCAAAAGCUCAUUAUUGACAAAGUUAAUUCCAUUAUCGCCGUAUAUUCUUUGUGGUCUCCCACGUCGCGCAAUGAACCUCUUCAAAGCGAUAAUGAAAUGAUCCGUCGAUAGAUCGUCCACCAGUUCAAGAUGGCAAGCUCUAGUAGCCAUGCAAAGAAACUAACAACCGUACACUUUAACGUCACUGCGUCUCUCCUUAAUUAUCAUAGGACCAAAGAAAUCAACCCCAGUGUUCCUGAAUACUAUUCCAGGUUCAAGUCUACACUCAGGCACGUUUCCCAUUUGCUGCUCCUGGGGUUUUACUGUCUGACGAUAACAGUGAUUGCACUUAAAUUUCACGCUACUUACAGCUGGACGACAAUGGAUGAUCCAAUACUCCUGUCUCAUUUGAUCCAGCAAAUGUUCGAUUGCCGUAGAUGAUGGUAGAUACGAUGCAUGUCCUCAAUGAUCAACUGUGCAAGCUCAUGACGUGAGUCAAAUAUCUUUGGGUGUCGUGUCUUGUAAGGGAGGGCUUAUGCCUUUGCAACCUUCCACCUACUACUAGAAAUCCACCUUCCAUUCUCGGAUCAAGGGAUUUGAUUCUGCUCCGCUUACGAACCUGCUGACGAUUUUCCAGGCACCUUAUCUCCUCGCCAAAAUACUCUACUUACGGUCUCUUCACUAGCUGGUUCUGAGCAGCUCUUAACUCUGUUGCUGUCAGCAAUCUCGUCUGACGAAGUUCCUUCUUUACUAUUGUAUUGUUUACAAAUCGCAUCACGUACGCCAGCACUCUUCUUAGUUUAGCUGGGGACCAACAUCUUUUCUUUUCCAAAACAGGUUCAGUUUCCUAGGAAACUCCGACCCAUCUUACCCUUUUCCUUUCUCACUCGUCUUCUUCCAGGGCCACUUCAACUUUGCUUUCGGGGCACAACUCGGCUACUCAGAGUAAAGGAAUUCCGGCCCAGCGCUGUAGCGAUGCUUCACGUUUGGUUCUACAGGGCGGAGUCCCCGGGUAUUAUCAUCUGCUGAAGUAUCACCUGUCCGCACGUAUCUCCAACUCACCGUACCCGCCUUUAGUACAGUCUCCACGUUACUCGUGAUUAUGUGAAUCUCCGAUAUUUGAUUACCCACGAAUGCCUUGUAGUUGGAGCUCGUCUGGUGAAUCCAAUGGGGAACGGCGGUAGAAUCAUUCCAAAAAGUUAUCUUCUCUAUCUUUGUCAUAAACUCUGCCGCUAGUGUUUGAGCUAAACGGGCAGCAAUAAGAGCUCUCAUUAGUUCAAGCCUGCAGAGAGACUGUGCCUUAAGGGGCGCAACUAGACCUUUCCCAGCGACAUUACUACAUUAUCUUCAAAUACUUGUCUAAGGUACGCACACACUCCGAAAGCAUCUUGUGUCGCGUUACAAAACACAUGCAGGUUAGUUUCUCGAAAUGGCUCGAUUCGGCUGAAAAGUACCCGCGGAAUAUCCUCAGUUUCAAGCAGCUCUGAUUCUUUAAAAAAAAUCAGCCUCUUUCAACUCAUCAUUCCAUCCGUACUUUAAGCGAUUCAGAUUUUGAAGGAUAAUCUUGCUUCUAAUUGAAAACGGGAUAAGAAGUUCUCGAGAAUCCCAAACAGAGAACGCUUGGCUUAAGACUGUUCUCUUUGUAGUAGCUGGUUCUUUUCUAAGUGCAUUGAACCUAAAUAAAUCCCACGUAACGCCCAAUGCUCGGUCUGUUGGUAAUCUAUUUUCACUCAACUCAAGGAAACGCGGAGACCUAUCCUCUACUGGGAUGGUUGCUAACACCUCAGGGUCGUUCGUUAACCACUUGUGCAGGUGGAAGCCUCCACGGCGCAGUAAUUCCGUCAUUUGUCUCCGCAUUUAUAUGGCUUCUUCUCUCGAGACGGUGGACGGUAGACCGUCGUCCAUAUAAAAAAGCAGUUUGCUCUAGAACUGGUAGACACUGUGUUCUUCGCUCGGUGAUUCUCCCCAAAGAAACCUGAUGGCUGCCUGAUCACUCUCGGGUAAACGCAACAUGUGGCACAUUUCUCGCACGUCUACAGUAGUUAUGAUUCAGCAUUUUACGCCUGUUUGGUGGAUAGUUAAGGAUAGUUUAGGGUUAAUCGCUUUAGGGAUAGUCGAUGACGUCACCUCAUUAGUAAAACCUCGACCUUAUGUCAAGUGCGUUCCUCCAUAUAUAAUUAAGUGGAUAUUCGUUUCGGCAUAUGGAAGAACACAAUAGGCACAAUAGGCUUGCCUAGGCUUUCCCGGCUUUUCCGGUAAGUAACUUUAUUCCGGUUUUCGAACUGUCUAUUGGAAAAAAUAGGAAUGAGAGGAGCAAUCACCUAGCAACGCAACAAUACAAAGGUCCAGGAAAAAAAAUCUAUAACAUUCAUAGUAGGUCUAGUCUUGACCUUGUGGAAUGGGCUGCUUUUCGUACAAUCGAUUGAGUAAGAAUUUUUGCUUAUCGAUAUUAAGUUCUGUCGAUUCCAGCCAAUCAAAUCCUUCCGAAUCUUUAAGCUCUUUUUGGGUUUCCAUCACUUUUUUGAAGGCGGGCUCUUUUUUGAUGGCACGCAUUCACUAUAGAUUCUCUAAGAAUGCUUUUUUCAGCUCUUUUCUGUAAACAGGAGGAAGAGUGUCCUCGAUUUUAAUACGAGCCACGUUUUUCGAAUCUCCGUUUUCUUCGUAUUGAUCAAAGAGUUUAGCUGGGUCUCAUGGCGUUUCUCGGCUUCAUCAAAAAUGCGUGACCACGGCUCUAGGUGCUCUGUUUCUUCUUUGGAAGACUCCGUUCCUUGGCUAGAGACUUCGCUUUGUUCACUGUCUUCAUAAUUUUCAGCACCUUGUUGAAGAAGGCUGUAAUGAUGGUUACUGUUCCACAUUUUUGUUUUGGCGUUCUGAUAGGAAACUAAACUUCAGCAAGUAACGCGUCUCUUUUAUAGAAAAUUGGUGAAGGCGGUGUUACUAAGCGUUCUACUUUGUAAAUAAUAAUCUAUCUUACAUCGACCCCACAUCGACCCCAAAAUCGACCCCACAUCGACCCUACAUCGACCCUGCAUCGACCCUACAUCGACUCACAGUCAACUCCUAUUUCAACCCAGCUUCGCAGUAAAGCUAUAUUCCACCACCCCCACCACAUUUCUAUUCUUUUCUCUCCAUCACCACCUCCUCAUUUUUACGGUUUUUAUAUCAGGUAAGUUAUUUAGAAGAUCAGAGGGGCUAAAGCAAGGCUAAAAAGGCCAAACGAAGAUCAAAUGGGCCAAAACCAGGACAAAAGGGACAAAAAAGACUAUCGGGCCAAGUUUCGUAAUACUUUCUCUUUAAUCUAUGUACUUCAAUCUACGUAUCUUUAGGAAAUUCUCUAGCCAGCCCCGCUACAUCUAUACAACUGGGACAAGGUUACUCUUCUACAGUGUCUCCUGGUCUCUUGCUAUCCAGGUAAUUACGACAAUCUUGACAGAGCAUUAUAUAUCGAAGAGCUAAACAUCGAUAGUUUAAUUCGUCACACUUCUUUUCUUUCUGACGCAAUUGUCGUUGCGUGUUUUCCACUAACCCCUCUUUCGCUCUUAACAUCAUGACCCAACUGCUUAAAAUUCAAGAGGUGGCCAUCAGUGAACGGUUUCUUGCCCGUCCUUUUUCUAAUCUGGAUGGAGUUAUUGUUGUUAUAGCGUUCUUCCCAGCUUUCAUAUUGUUCUUUGCAUUCCUCUUAUUGGUUGGUUAUUGCUACUUGAUCAUUAAUAACAAUAAUAAUAAACAAGAGCAAUAAAUAACAUAAUCUGAAAUUUGAAAUACCAAUUACUAAAGCAAGAUCAAGACUUUUUAAUUAGGCACUGUUUUUUGUGAUUACACUUAAUAAGGAUGAUGAUGAUCCAAUAUUGAGAGCUGUUGAGUGGCUAGCGACAAGCGACAAGCGACACCCACGCGUGUGUAUGAGAAAAAGAGGCAUAUGACUAAAAAUGGUCCGUUUGUCUCUUUUGUCCUUUUUGGCCUGUUUUUGUCUAUUUUUCCGGGGUUUUGGCCUUUGUGACACUCUAUAUAACCUGACUAUUUGCGAAAUAGAUGUCAUUUGAGUUCAGCCAUCGAACUGUCAACAUGGUUUACAAGAGAGUUUGCAGAAACUGUCCGAUUUCAUCGUGCAGGGCGAAGUACCUUAUUGUCAGAUUAGCUAACCAUCUCGCGGAUCUUCAUCAGAUAGACCACAUACGGCACACUCGGUUUGACAAUUUUAAUGAACGCUGGAAGCAUUUUAUCAAAAAAUUGAUUUAGCUUGACUUGUGGCUCACCUGGGCUCCCUGUGGCAGGCGGACUGCAUAUCGUAUUUUCGCCUCGAGGCUUUCUUGUCUCCGGUUUUGCAUUUCGCUUAAUUUCUUCAUUCGUUGUCAUCGCCUUCUUCAACGCCUGGAACGGUUAAGGAUUCUUUACCAACGGGAUGUUUAUCAUCAACAACAGUCUGAGUGUUGGAAGUAGAUUUCAGAUGUAAUAGUGAAACACGAUCCUCUACACUGUCAACAGGUAAUCCCGCUAAAUUUAUAAAGUCAAUAUCUCCAUGAUUAGAAUCCUCGAUAGCAAGGCAUCUUCGUAGGCCACUUCAAAUUUCGUUUUUUCAGCUCUCCUUUUAAGUUCUAGCAGCUCGGUACGUCGUUCCGCCUCGGAACACAGUAGCGUUAUAUCUUCUUCGCAUUUUUGCUUGGCUAUUUUUAACUCGAGGGCGAGUUUCUCUACUUGAAGGUUCUUUCUCAGAAUUGAGCUUUUACUUGCUUUGGACGAACUGGUAGACUCACUAGCUGGAAAUAACUUCAAUGUUUGACCUCUUUUUCCCCUGAAAAUGGGGGCUUAUUAGAGAGAAGGGGGGCUCAUUUAAGAUGUUUACGGUAAUCAAAGUGUUACUCUACGCUUACCUCCUGAGUCACUCGAAAAUGUUCUUUUGCGUGAUUUGGUGGGCGAUAGGUACUCCGGCCUGUUUAUAAGGUACACGUGCAACCUGUGUUAAGUAAUAUGGAAACAGUAUCAAGUUUAAAAAAGUACCCUUAUGGAGAGGAGAAGUGUGACGUCAGGUUACCAUGGUAGCAAAAUUUCUGGAUCACAACAAUAGGGAGCUUAACGAAAACGCAGAAAAAUUGUAGGCUUAGUAGCAAAACAACAACUUUGAACCUGCAUCGCGCUUUUUUGUAAAUUCCUUAGCUGUCGUUGGACGACUGCGACAUAACCUGAGAUCAGGCCCGAUUCUCAUACAAUCUCUCUAACGGCUACCGCUAAAAUUGGGCCCGAUACAAACUCUGUCACAAGUUCGUGCUCACUGCGGCCAGAUUUUGGCCGCAAGGCUGAUUGGCUUAGAACAAUGUCACAAGAUCUGAUUGGCUGUUGGAAUCAACGGAAGUUGAAAGGGCUUAUUCCUCGCGUUAUUGUUUUCGCGAGGAUUGAUAUUGCUGUCUUUUUUAUUGUUUUAUGGUUUUAUAGUAGGGAAAUAUGCCUUAAUAUGUGCCAUGGAGAUUCAGAAAAUUCAGAUGGUUGUUCAUAUCUUCUCAGGAUUUGCCUUAUUUACGAAACUAAUGAGUGUAUCGCAGAGUUGAAUCUCUCUGCAAGUUGUUGACCGCGUACAAUGUGUAGAAUAUGCCUUUUGAUUCACCAGCAAACGAGUGCAAAUCAAAAUACUGUCCAUCUUAAAACUGUUUUAUUUUAAAGGUUUAGCCUGGAAUGACUUCUCUGAACGGGGUACGCAAGCGGAGGCUCACUGCGAAAGAAACCUCAAUCGCCAACUGUGAAGUAUUAGACAAAAAAUAUUGCAUUGCUGUUCAAGGAAUUUUUGUAGGCAUUAUUAUAAGCUAGUGGCGCUAGUAACAGACUUGUUGUUAGCCUUCGCUUUUUGUAAAAAAUAAACCAGGAAAACUGAUGAUGGUGUCCUCGCUCGUUGGCAGUUUGCUGUUUGUUAAUUUCGAUUAAUAAAUUUAGCGAGCUUUUCAGACCUGCAGUAAAACAACAACACAACUAAAGAGAACUACGAAGUGUGUUUGUAAUAUUGUUUUUCGUUUUGUUUACAGGUCAGUUGAGCAUGCAUUUUUAGUAGUGUCGUUUCGUCUUUGCAAAUUGGCUAAUAACAUUUACCUGGAUCUAUAAAAAAAUAUAUUUUUUUAGACGUUUUGUUUCUUUAUAUAGUAAAUUCGCAAAUUGCAAGUGUACUUUUUGACCAACAGAAAUAACCUUCGAGAUCUCCUUUAAUCUCGUAAGAUGUUAAAUGUGAUUGUGCUGACUGUUUUUAUUUUUAGUUAAAAAGUUAGAUGGUAAAAGCUAUUUUUUUAAGUCAGCGAGUGUGCAGUUUUCCCACGUAAGAACAAUUUGCAUACUAAAAAAACAAGGAACGGAAGUAAUUUUGGUUGGCUGAUUCAGCAAAUGGCAAUCAAUCAAAAAAGUGGGCGGCAGACGUUUCGUAGAAGGUUUGUAUCAGGCUCUCUUUUCGUUUCGCCUUGCCCGCCGGAAUGUUAUUUACAAAGCGAAACGAAAAUUGAGCCUGAUCUCAGGUGAACUGCGACAUGAAACUUCCAAAUUUCCUACAACACAAAAAUUCUGUUUUCCCAGAAAAUGUCCCCACCAUUUGACAAAUUGAGUGAAUGAAAUUGAAAAAGAUAAAUUUUAAAAAAUUUCAAAUUUCAUAAAGUUUCAAACAGUGCGAGUUCUCUUUUUAAGUGGCCUUUUCGGUCUGUUGUCAUCUAGAAAUUUUGCUACAUAGCAUGGCAAUUAGUGACUUAACAACUUAUCCUCCCUAUAUAAGUCUAUAAAAGUUUCUUAAACUUCGAUAGCAAAGGGUAAAAAACGUUCUUUAAUUUGUUUUCUCUCAUCUUUUUUUCUAAUAGCACCUGCAGGCUCAUGAUCUUGUAAUUGACAAUUUGUUUCUUAAUAGGAAAGGCCUUUUGUCAUGGCAGAAAAAUAGUGUGAUGUCAAAGGAAUUAGAAGGAAGAUUAAGCUUGGUUUACAACGCACCCAGUAACGUAAAUCACAAAUUAAAAAGACUAAGGAGAGUUGGGGGGGGCGUGGGCGAGGGAAAUUCAGAUCCAAAAUCAACAAUCGAAAAGCGAAUCCAAAGGUGUAUUUUUAAUGAAAAACGCACAAGCGAGUUGAUUUAUAAGAUCAAAUCUAAAUCCAGACUUUUAGUUAUCAAGACUCACACAGACAUAAUUUGCAGUGCGCGUAACUCGGGCCAGUCCUGCUUUUGGAAGGGAUGAUCAUUUUAGAUUUCCGCAUCGAACUCCAGGUUGCUUUAUACAUAUUUUGUCGCUCAAUGUAUCCGUGUGAAAGUUAAUAUUAAAAAAGGGCAACUGACCAUUUUAAUUAUACCCUUUUACUCUUUUCUUCCUUUCACCAUUCUAUUCAUCUUUUUCUUUCCAGGUUUAGAGGGAUUUUACGGCUUUUUAGAACUGAUCCAAAAAUUUCUGCCUUGAUCUUUUCUUUUUUCAAUCAAAUGGCUCAAUAGACCUUGUCACGGUUUUCGACGCCAUCCUGAAGAGAAGGCAAACGAGUGAAAAAUCACAGUGUUUGUAUGAGAAUCUAAUGUCGAAUAGUUUCCGUAAAACGGCUGUUCUGAAGAAAAUAUGAAUUGAAGACUAAAGCUGCAAAACAAAGGAUGUACUAAAACCAUUUUGGGGGCGUACCUAUGCUUAAAUGUCUCCAGAGGCUUGCUUUAGAUUUUCCAUAUCUUUGUCCGUAAUUUUCCCGGGACUUUUCUUAGAGACAAAUGCAUAUAAAAUUUUAAAAAGUGGUUCUAGGUCUUCUAGCGCAUCUAACGCCCUCAAUUUUUUUCCGAGUAGAAUCCAUAGGAGUGAAGCUUUAGUUUACAAUUAACAGCCGUUCUACGGAAAUUAAUCAACAUUAGAUUCUCAUACAAACACUGUAAUUUCUCACUCGUUUGCCUUCUCGUCAGAAUGGCGUCGAAAACUGUGACAAGGUCUAUUUUCACGACGUAACGGCCCCGUGUUUUUACCAUAAAUUUCCAAAUAAAUCACCAAGUACAAUAACUAUAAAUACUAAGUAAUUUAACUUUACCUACGAGAAGUAAGUUUCUUGUGCAAUCUCUAGUCCUCCACUGUUUUGGACUCUUCGCUGAAACUGGUUUUUUAGUAAAGUCUUUGCUAUUCAGGUCUAUCUAAUUUUGUGCCCUUUAAUUCCUCCAUUUACGAGAAAGCUGGCAUUUGGGAGUAACUUCUCGUCACCUUUACUUGUACUGUCUGACGGCUGGUUUGUUAACUAGAAACACUAGGAUUUUCUACGACUACCGUUCGCUGUUUUGAUGGAUAAUCGAUCAUCCUUCCUUCUUUGUGUCCAGCCUGCUUUUUUCCCAAGUGAAACUAGUUUUCAGUGACAUUCAAAACACUUAACUUUGUUUAGUAGUAUUCAAAAUGGCAUUCUUAAAAUAUCCCUACAAAUUUCGUUUGGUCAGAUAAUUGUUCAAGAAAGAAAAGAAAAAUAAACUGUAAAAAGAAAAAAAACCUGUUUUCCAAGUACUUUUAGCUCUUAAUGAUCACUCUGACCAAACUUUAAAUUCGCAAUUAUAGAUAUUUGCAAAAAACAAUAACAACAAACUACGUCUAACCAUAUACUUAUAAAAAAACAAAUAUAUAAAUAAAAAAUUACUGUCUAAAUCUUACUUCAAGGGUAUUAAACUGUAGGAAAAAAGACUGGGGAAAGUCACUUGUAGCAAUAUGGUAUUAGAAUAAACAGAUUUUACAGAAAAUCAAGGUAGAAUAAAUUUACAUUUUGACAAUACUUUCUCAAAAUGUAUCAUGCUUUUGUCUCUAUUUUCUCAUACUGUUUGACGAAAAUAUAAUGUUUUGGAGACACCAUAAGUCGCUUUAUUUGGACAGAGUAGGGAAGUCGGGAGAAAACGGAAUCACCGAAAAAAAAUGCAAUUAUAGGCUUACAACGAACUUGAAAGGUUGGAGUAACUUACAACUUGUUAAAGACUGAUUUGCUUGAGUAGUUUACCUUUUAAAUUUCGGGAAAAUACACUUACGAUUACCCAAACAAAUGCUUUGCUUAGGAUAAUAAUUAUUAAUUGACAGACGCACAUAGCAAUGAAUAAAUAGAUCAAUGAUAAUAAGAAGAAUAAUUGCCAUGGAUGAAUAUUUCAAUCGGCUAAUUGGCUGACCAAUUCAUACCUUAUCACAGAGGCGAACGUCGUGGUUCCCCUAUUCUGAAAAGUGAUGCAACAAAACUUCAGUCUCCCUUUUCAUCGUCUAAGUUCUGUAGGCUGUAAUUGUCUUUUUUUCUUUCUUUCUCUUGCGCGAACUGGGGGAAGUCAAACUAAUAAUUAUUAUUAUUUUAUUGCAAGUAAUUGAAAAUUUGAUGUAACCAAAUAAGAGAAUAAAUAUAAGAAUAAUAACCAUUUCGGAAUAGUUAGUCAUGUGACCCACUUUCUGCAUACGUACAUGUACACGCACGAAAACGAUUUGCUUUGAAAAACACUUUAGCUAUGUAAUGUUUAGUCAAAUUUGUAAUUUUUUUUAGCAAGAUCAUGCCAGUCCUGUUGAAGUAAGUAUGAUUUGUAGCUUUGUUUGUUUUUAUCCAUUUCCCUAUUAAAAGAACUCAUUGGAGUUGUUUCUGUAAACUUAGGUUAUUUCUCUUUGCAUUUUAGAAAUAUAACAGUGCGUUAUUCGCUAAAAAGAUUUUCUAACGUAUUAGAAAUAUAUUGCUAUUAUGAUAUAAGAAUGAUAUUAUGUUUGCAGUGAAUCCCAUGCGUGUAGUUUAGGCGUUACUUUCUCUGGUUUUUCAGGCUUGCGAAGGCAAGAGCGAGGUGGGAGAAGAGCACGAGACACGCGUGACGAGGGAACACUACUUCUUCUUUUGAAGGUGGCUUGAGCUCUCUUGCUUACCGUGACUUAAAUGAAAAAAAAUAAUAAUUAUAAUAAUAAUGAUAAAAAACAGGAAAUGAAUAAGAAAACUCUGUUUCUUUUUUUCUUUCCUCUAUCUUUUCUUGAUAUGGAAAUAAUUAACAUUCAACGGAUUAGUUGGCCUGCUAAGAAAGCCCUUUUGCGUUGUGGGGGAUAAAGCGAAUGGAAGACAGUUGAAGGGUUUUCAGAGCGCUUAUUCGCGGCCUAGCCGGCUUGGUCUGUUGCAUUGGAACUGAACAAGAACGACCUAGGUUUAAUUUCACAAAACAUACAAUGCGAAUAGCACUGUUUUUAAAAACAGGAAGUUGCGGGAACUAAUUAAUACAAAAUCAUAGACUCCCCCAGAGUCAUUUCUCGCAUUGGGAAUUUUUUAUUCAACAGUGCCCGAUUGUAGUGAUAUUUCUAAAUGCAGUUUGAAGAAUAUCGAAUUUAUUGUACAAUCAUUAGGUGCGUUUAGUUUUUGAUAACUAACGAAUUUAAAGUUUCUUACUAUUUUGUAGUUAAAAGUGAGAGCUGUGAAUGUCAGACGACAAGACGAUCUCAGACAACACGUCAACAACGGCAGUGAAAUCUCCAUACAUUGGUUAGUGAAUGGAAAAGAGUCUCAAGACAUGGUAAGAACUCUUUGCACUUCAAGAUGUCAAGACGACAUUAUCUCUGUCCCGCUCUCUUUUAUUAUAAUUAUUUUUUCUAUAAGAGGAAACAUGCAAUAACCACCAGUGGAGUGGAGGUGAUAUACCCUUUUGUGGUUUUUGAAAGAAAGGUGAUAUUAUGGAAAUAAAACAUUAAAAAAUGAGUGGCCUGUUUGAAAUGUUUAACCGACAUGUGACAUGCUUUGGAAAAAGUGAAGUUGCUUGGAUACUAGUUAUUGCUUUACGAUCGCGGCAUUAUUAUUGUUCAGUCAUUACCCUUAUUUAAGAGCUAGCUUUCAAGCAAGGAUCUACUGGAUUUUAUAACAUAACGUAAUUUGUGAGUGGUAUAGUACAUUGUAUAUAGUUCUUUUACUGAAUAUGUGUCUAUUGUUUUUGUGAAACCUCUCAUAUAAGCUCAGCUUCACAAUGUGUAUAUAAUAGCCCCUAAAAGAUCAUUCAGCCGCACAAAUGGAAAUGUAUGUAAAUAUAAUUUCUAUAAUAUCUUUAUUGUAACAUAAGUAGCAGAAACCUGUUUUUUCUGUUUAUCGAUGUUAAUUUUUCUAUCUUUAAUUUCAUAAUGCCAAUAAUGAGGGAAUAUAGGGUUUUGAAUCUUGUCUUUUAUGUUUAUUUUUCUUAAGCGAUCAAAGAAAGAAUGAACGGGUGGCGCUUAAGUAAAUCAACAAUGCCAUCCAUAACUGCAAUGUUUUGAGAUUUUGGGGCAAAUUCCUUGAUAGAAGCUUUUUCAUUUAUUUUCAUGUUAAUUUUACAUGUAUGUCGAUGUAUUUAUAUAUAUUCCUUUCCUUCUUCCUGAAAUGCAGACCUUAUAACUAGUAAUUAAAACCGUUUGGCCAAAACCCAACCUCCAAGUGUUACAUGCAAAGUGAGUGCCUGGCCAGCUUUCAAAUAGCGUAGGAAAUCAAGAAAUUUUGAAGUUUACUCGGUUAAAAUUCGCUUACUAGGCUAGUUCAACGGUCACAGAGAGCAUGGAGAGGGAAGUGUUUCAAGUCACAAGUUGAUGUCCAGAGAGGGUUGCGGGGGAGCUUAUAUGUGCUUCAAAACACGACCAUAAGUGACUACCAGUGAGUUAUGUCGCCACCAUACAUUUACUCCCUUAUCUACCCCGAGUUAACGUGUUGUUUAUUCAUGAUAUAUAGAUUUAGCCAGGGUAAAAACCGAAGCUCUCGUUAAUAUGCUUAUAAUUUACUCAAAAUAUAAAAAUGUGUGAUGCUAAACGGCUACGACAACAAGAACGGCAAUCAACAAGUCUAUUUAGCAAAAAUAACAACAACAACAACUUUGCACGUGCAGGUCACGUUUUGUACAUUUCUUUGCCGUUGCUGUUGCAACUUGAAGCUUCCUAGUUGGACUUUUUAGGAAGGAAAUGCGUCGUAUGUGCUUACACACACAAAAAAAACUGCUGCUUGUGUUCCUGUUCACGUUUCCUUUUUUUCUUUUUCUCUUUCUUCUUUUUACUGUCGCUCAUUUUCACGUUGCUGGCCACUAGCAUUUCUCAUUUUCUCACCACCGCUACAGAAUUUUAAUGAUUUUUUUCCAACGAAAUUCGUCUCCUUUGUUUUUCAUCUCCAGCUGUAGCUCUCUGUUCGUCUUUUGUUGCCUACUUUCUCGUUUUCUCUGCCUUUUUCUAUUUUCCAAAUUUGUGAAAAUGGCAAGUUAUCUAAGCUUAAUACUUUAGACAACACAUAUACAGCAACAAUUUCCGCUUUCCUUUUUGUCCGGCUAUGGUCGGCUAUUGAUUCUUGCUUCACAAGACGCGAGUGGCCUAGUGAUUUUCCGCCAAACAAACCUCGAGUUGCAGUUGGGUAAUGCCAUACCUGUUGAUUGAGUCAUUUUACAUUGGUAUGCCUGUAGUGGGGACUGUCCGACGUACGGUCACGUGACUAAGUCACCAAAAUCUCACGGAUUCUUACCCAUAGUGCUUCGCUUCGCGCGCUAGAGAGCUCCGCUACAGUUCACAACUGCAGUCAAUUAUUUAUUGGCUUUUUCUUUUGCUUUCAGGAGAUCGCUUAGGAAAAGCAAAAAUGCAAAGUUUGUUAAUCACUCCUAAGAGACUUCUUAUUUUCCUUGGAACGGGGAUAUUCAUCUUGCUGGUUAGAAAGAGCUUGCAGCAGAGAAAUUCUUUGACAGGUAAAACACAAAGAGACCUUUUCUCGUAGUUUAAAUACACCACCUUAGUCUUAUACUCCGUCAAGUGGGUCUGCAACUUUAGUUUUAUUCACUGCAUGGCAAUUUUUUUCUUAAUUGUCUGUGGUGCGAGGUGCGAGUACCCCUAAUGAUCCCCGACGCAAAUGAUCCACAAAAUGGGCCGCGAAUGAUCCUCAACCGCAAGUAAUCCCGUGAAAAGUAGAGCAGGGAUGGAUUUUAGGGAUCAUUUUGCGGUCUGUGGAUCAUUUGCGUCACGUGUUACAGAUGUAUGGUUAGUUUGACAUGAUGUCGCUCUGCUGAAUCUAGGAGAAACAAUCGAACUUAUAUAUAAUCACCUUACCAUUCCCCCUUGAAAACAGACAAACAACAACAACAACUCUCUAAAGUAGGUAUGUACGCACUAACUUAUAUCUUUACGCCAAAAUGGAAGGGUAAGCAAUACGGGGAAAUAGCACCGAUGAAGGCAGUUACAAUGGAACCUUGAUAUAACGAAGUGUCAAGGGAAUGGGAAAAUGUGUUCGCUAUAUAAGGAGGUUUCGUUAUAUCGAGAUUCUUUUUCAUAUAUUUUACGAUUACUGGUGUAAAGAAAAUCGUUCGCUAUAAUGAGAACUCUGUUAUAUAGAGGUUCGUUAUAUCGAGUUUCAUUUUUACUGAGAUCUUAUAGACUAAAGCCAACUUUUGUCUAAGGGUUAUUAUUGACUUGUGUUUUCAUUUAUCAAUCUUACGUGCAGAUCAGGUUUCAUCAACUUGAGCAAUAUCAUUCAUUUACUGCAUAUCUUUUGAUUGUAGUUUGUGGAUCAAAAACGGAUGUAAAUAUCAAGACAGGAGCCUAUGCUCCUGAUCAAUAUAAUAUGACAACAUGAUACCAUAUUGAACACUCCUUGCACCAACCACCCCACCCUUACUUCUAGUUCUAACUGCUUCAGCCUCUUGCCUAAUCGGCUAGUCUACCCUUGCUUACUUACUCCUACCUGCCGAACGCACUCCCCUAACUUGCAAUUAUUACUAGUAUUAUUAUAGUUAAUUGUGAUUAUGAUUGUGAUUUUCUGCCCAGUGCCAGAUGCUCGUAAUGCAUACCACCCCUCCCCUUUUCCCUCCUCCCAAGAAAAAAAAGUGGACCUCUGAUACAAAGAGCAAUAACUGCCUUUUCGAAGUUAAGGGAGCUUAUAUUUUCUAUUUUCUUUUAAUACUUUCUCAGUCUGUAAUUUAAAAUGUUCCUUCUCUCGUUUUCCACAUUUUACUUUAAGCUCGAUCAAGUCCUUGCAACUAUGACAGACUUCCAGAGAGCCUGGUAAAACUGAACCAAAUGUACAACGAUGUUAAGACGUUCGUAAUUUUUUUGGGUUACUCAACACCUAUGGAAAGUCUCACAAGUGCCAUGUUAAAUGCACAUCCCGAAAUAUUCAUUCCUCAGCAGUACGAUAUCAUUGGGAACUGGAAGAUGUUUCACGACAAUAAUCUUCAAGAUCUUGGCCAGCAGAAAUACUUGCUGUUUUUCCAUUUGCACUAUCUUUCACGAUACCAAUCUUUGUUUAGGAAUAAAGCCAACAAACCCAGUCAGUUCUGGUUGUGGACUUAUAAAGGCGACAUCGUGCCCAACUUCUUUGUUCCUGACUCCCGGCAGGAAUCUAUCAAAGGAAAAAUUAAGGUUGGUAUUUUUAAAUUAGUUACUCAUAGGAAGGCUAUAAACCCAAUAUGUCGGUGCGGGGAUCAAAAAUAUAGUUUUUAGGCAAAGACAACAUGUUGGGAAUUAGAGCCAGUAAAUUAACUUAUUUUACUCAUUUUUUUUAAUUUUCCGUUUUAGCUGGGAUCUCACUUCUUCAACCUUCACGUAAGAACGCAAAAGCACUAAUUAUCCCAAAGAAACCUUUGUGUCCUUGUGACAGCGUAGAUAGAAAUGAAUGUGAUAUGCAUUUCAAAAAUUUAACCCACAGAAAUUAAUCACACAGACCAUGUGUGUUGUUAAAACUUUGUUUUGACAUAUUUAGUGUGUUCAAGUGAUCAUAUUUAGAAUUAUUAAAAACUGAAUCAUUGGAUAAUACAAUUCUAGAGCUCUGAUUGGCCUAGCCAUCAUGGUAUAUGAGCCAUUACUCCAUGCUCUCCAAAUAUGGUAACUGUACGCGUCCGCUCAAAAUUAAAUUAAAUACAAGCUGGAAAACGAUUGUUUUUACACAUAAAGACGGGAAAAAUUCUCGAUAUUUUGUCGGCGUUAAGUAAAGAACAAUUCUUCUACUCGCGCUUGUUGGAUGUAUGUAGAAUACUUCAUGGAAAGUGCGUACGUACGGUAUUUACGCACGAGUUGUUGAUGUAUCAGAAAUCGAACGGGUGAGCCCAUCGAACGAGUGAAAUUUCUGAUACAAAAAAGAGUGCGUAAAUACUAUACAAAGCACUUUCCAUGUGGUAUUUUGUUUAUUACAUACAUAUUGAGACACUCAACAUUUUGCCACCCCAGUUUUAUUUCAAAUCUUCCAAAAUCCUAAAAUCUCAAGGGGUUUAAGGCCUGGAUCAAAGGUGAAUGAUUGGCAAUAUCUCUCGCUAGGAGACCUAGAAAAAAACGAAUUUUUCCCCAAAGGUAAAUCUUGAGGUUUUCUUGUGCCUUAACGUUUAAUUAUGGUCACGUGACAGGUCACCUGACCAAAAAAUACCUUACUUGCUACCUUUGGAAUGAACGGACGCGAAGUUUGAAAUUAAAGUUGUUAAAUAAUUUAAGAUUAAAUUUGGGCAUUUAAAAUGAAGUUCCUUCAUAAUUUUUGUCAUUGAAGCACAAUGGACGGUCAUUCCAAACCUGAAGUGUUUACUUAGAAAUAUUUAAAUAAAUAUGAAUUAGAAAAAUGUUAAUGCUCGACGAUUGAUUUUCUUAAAUUGGCCAGCAAUUGGUCAAUAAUUUUCAAUUUUUGCAAAAUGGUCACGUGACAAAUCACGUGACUUAUUAACACAAUAUUUAUACUUUAAAAUGUUAAGGACGAUGAGUUGUUUGUGUGCCAAAUUUUGACUUCAAAGCCAUCAUCUAUGCCGAAGUUAUAGCCAAUAAAUCAUUUUCCACAGGUAAACACCUUAGUCCCAGCCCUAAACUACUUGAGAAAGCCAAAAUAUGCCGCUACACACCACGAAAUGACAAAGAAAACGAAGUAUAUUAGUAAGCUUAUUUAAAAACGCUUGGUAAAAAUUAUAAUGGGGGUAAGGAUAUGAAGUAACCCAGGAAUUUCAAGUAAUAUUAACUUCUUUUUUUUUCUGAAUGUACAAAAUUAAAUAAAAAUGAGCGAUUUUUGUUUUACUCUUUUCUACGAGAACGACUCUACUUUAUCGGGUCUUUUCUUCUGAAUGUCUGUGAAGCAACUCGCAAAUUAUAAAUUAGGGGUACUGCAAACUGCAAGUACCUAAAAAGGGGGGAAUUUUGGCGUAAAACCCACACGCCUGUGGCUUUUUAUUGGACGUAUCAUUUUUCUCACACGUGACAAAAAAACAUCGUUCGCAAUUCUGAUUGGACGUAUCGUUUUUUUUUUCUGCCAUGUGAAAAGCUUCGUUCACUCCUCUGAAUGGCUAGAACUCAUUUGCGUAUGAAAAUUUAGGCCAUUGCUUUUCAGUGAGUGUGAAUAAUUAUAUUUCAGCCAAUGAUAGAUUCGAUUCCUUUACUCAAUUCCCAUUGCAGAAUUUUUCCAGUCAGAACUUAAUUCGCAGCUGUUGAAUGACAGUUCUACAAGUUUCUUUCCAAAGCAAAUUCGAUUCCAAAUGUGCUGUGAAAUAAAUUAAAAUUCAAAAACUAACGAGAAAAAAUAAACAAAACAAACAAACAAAAAAGGCCGACUAAAAAAUGUGCAAACCCCAUUGAUGAUUUCCUGGAAAGUCCAAGUUCAGUUGACCUACUUCAGUGAACUCGAGAGCCUAAAAACGAGACAAGAAACAUAAAGUGCAUUUAACCCUACUUCUCAGUACUUUAACAGCAAAAAAGAUAAAUAAAUAAAUAAAUAAAUAGAUAAAUAAAUAAAUAAAGUAAAAUAGAAGGAAGUGGACGAAAAGUGCAAAUUAAAUGCGAAACAACUUGAAAAGGAAUUAGCACAGGCAGGGUAUAGCGCGGUUACAGGGCUUUGUUCAAAGGUUAGGAUUAAAAUCCUGGAAACAUUUUAAUUUUUUUCAUUGUAGAUUAUUGGAGAUUCAAGUGGUUUAACAACAACUAUGAAACUACACGGUCAAAAUAAUUAUACAGUUCUUAAAGAACUUCAAACAGUCGUGGGCAUUCCAGUCAAGUUUGUGCAUCUAAUUUCAAAUCCAUUCGAUACCAUUGCCGUAGAUGUGAAGCAGGUAUGACGAUAGCCAAUCAGUAAUUACUAAUUUUUAAUGUGUAUCAAGUAACUCAAAUCUGAGAGAAAUUGAAAAAAAAAAAAAUGAAAGAAAGAAAGAGAAAGUAAGAAAAGAAGAUACCACAACAGGAAAACCGGAACAUUUAAACUAGUAAAUAUGACAGGAUAAGCUAAGCAGACGUGAAAAGAAUGCUAGACUUUCUGUCGUGCUACAUGUACCAAAAUAAACCAGGAGCUGAUUAAAAUUGUAGCUAGUUCCUGAUGUAAAUGUGUUAAGUGUUCUUAAAAAAAUAAAUUAAUUAAUAAGUAACUUAUACCAAGUUUUGUAGUGGAAGUCCUUCCUCCUUGUAUUUAAGUUGUAUUGCAUUUUAGGCCAACAACUCUAAAGAGGUAAGAAGAGCGAUCAGUACUUUCUUUGGAUUAGUCAACACCAAUGAGGAUAUACGCAAGAAUUAUGGCCGUGCUGUGUUGGAUGUCAAUACUAACGACUUAAAAUUAAGACCAAGGGACACACUUAAGACCAUUUGCAGAUUCUUGGAUACUAAAUGCGACGAUAGUUAUUUGGAUGGAAUUGAAUAUCUCUUCAGAAGAGAAAUUCUUUCAAAGCAUCGUCAUCUUGUUAAGUGGACAAAAGACUUCAACGAUUCGAUUUUGAUUGAGAUGAAAAAAUACUCUUUUCUUCGGCCGUUUCUCACCUGA